AUGCAGGACCAGAUCGAUGGGUUGAUGAAACACAUCAAAGCACAAACUCCUGCCAUGGUAGAAGAGUUGGUGCAGGAUACGGAUUCACCCUUCACAUCUGAGGUCAUGAGGCUGCCACUCCCCAGGAAAUUCAAAAUGCCUCAGUUGGAGACAUUUAAUGGUUCCACGGACCCAUUGGAUCAUCUAGAAACAUACAAAUCCCUAAUGCACCUACAAGCAGUACCAGAUGAGGUAAUGUGUCGUGUAUUCCCUGUUACCCUCAAAGGAAGUGCUCGGGCAUGGUUUAACAAACUCCCCCCGGGAAGCAUACGUAGUUUCAAAGAGCUUAGCACUAGCUUUGUAAGCUACUUUAUUGCUGGUCAACGCUACGGCAAACCAACAAUGCACCUUUUGACAAUAAAGCAGGGGAGAUGGGAGUCAUUAAGGGAAUAUACUACCAGGUUUAACAAAGAGGUGGUUCAGAUAGAGGAAGCCGACGACAGCUUUCUAUACCUUCUAUCUCAAGAACCACCCAAAACCCUGGCAGAACUUAUGCUUAGAGCACAGAAGCACAUGAAUGCAGAGGAAGCCGUCUAUGCAAGACGUUCCCGUGAUAGUUUUGAUCCCCAUGCAGGGCCAUCACAGGUUGGCGAAUUUCCCCCAUCCGAUAGAAAAAGAAGAGAAUCCACCCGCAAGACGGGAAGGGAACCAAAAAACAAGAAGAUGGACUCCAGAUCCUCCCCAAAACGAGGAGGAGGACCGCCCCAAGGCAAAUACAAGCAGUUUACACCACUCAUAGCCACGGCAGAACAAAUCCUCAUCAACUUACAAAAUGAUCCGGACCUUAAAUGGCCCGGAAAGCUAAGGACUGAUCCUAACAGGAGAGCUAAAGAUAAAUACUGCAGGUUCCACAGAGACCAUGGUCACAACACAGAUGACUGCAUUGAGUUAAAGCAGCAGAUCGAGGAACUGAUCCAAAGAGGCAGACUUCAACGUUUUGUAACGAAGAAGUAUCAAAAGAUAUCCAUGAGGGAUGAUACAAACAAGCAAGGAAAAGAUGCCACGGCUCCCCGAUCAGGUCCUAUUGGAGAGAUCAAAGUCAUCCAUGGAGGACUUGCCGGAGGUGGAGUGUAA